AUGAAACGCGAAGAGUCUGUCGUUCUUCUCGGUUUGAAACUUUCGCAUAAUUUAAGUUGGGGAGCACACGUGAACGAUGUAGUUCUUGCAUGCAAACGUCGUUUAGGUGUUUUUUAUCGUACAUUUAAAGAUGCUCCAAGUUCGGUUGAAAUAACUGUUGCCGGUGUCAAAGGUGAUCCUGGAACUGAUUUAAAUCAGUUAAAUACUCCGACGGAUGUAACACUAGAUCAGUAG